AUGAUGGCAGGAACCAGUGAUCUCUCCGGUGGUACUGGGGAGAAAUUGACAAAUGCAACAAUAGUGAUAGCUGGUUCUGCUGCAUUACUGGCGUCUAUAUUAUCCAUCGUGUCGGUCUGGUUACAAACGAAAAACUAUCGGAAACCUCUUCUCCAACGAUAUGUCAUUCGAAUCCUGCUUAUGGUGCCGAUAUACUCAAUCUCUUCAUGGACCAGUUUGGUAUCGAGAGAGGCAGCACUUUUUCUCGAUCCUAUUCGUGAUGUAUAUGAGGCGUUCACAAUUUACACAUUCUUCCAACUCCUUAUCAAUUUUCUUGGAGGUGAACGAGCUCUGAUUAUCAUGAUGCAUGGACGAGAACCGGCUCAUCACCUCUGGCCAUUGAACCAUGUCUUCCCCAAGGUCGAUAUAUCAGACCCCCACACAUUCUUGGCCAUUAAACGUGGAAUUCUACAAUAUGCUUGGUUGAAACCUCUUCUUGGACUGUCAGCUAUCAUUAUGAAAGCUACGGGUGUUUAUAAAGAGGGUACCAUUGCUCUAAGCUCCGGUUAUAUGUGGAGUGGUAUUAUCUACAAUAUGAGUGUCACAUUGAGUCUGUACUCUCUUGGGAUGUUUUGGGUUAUUAUGUCUAAGGAUUUACAACCUUUUCGUCCUGUGCCGAAAUUCUUGUGUAUAAAGCUCAUCAUAUUUGCCUCAUACUGGCAAGGAUUUCUUCUUUCCAUCUUGGUAUUUCUUGGAGCAAUUCCAGACAAUGUGGAGGAUUAUACAGCCGAUAGUCUCGCUGCGGCGAUACAGGAUGCACUGAUCUGUAUCGAGAUGCCAAUUUUUGCAAUCGGGCAUUGGUAUGCCUUUUCAUGGCAUGACUAUGCAGAUAUCACUAUUUCUGCAGCUAGGAUGCCAGUUCGCUACGCCAUUCGAGAUGCUUUUGGUAUUCGUGAUCUUAUUGAGGACACGAAAGAAACAUUUAGUGGGAAGAAAUAUGAAUACCGACUAUUUGAUUCGGGAGAUAACGUCUUGGCCCAUGAAGGAUCCUCAUCAAGGGUAGCUAGAAUGAUGGAGGGUAUGCGAUACGAGCGUGGUGGAAAGGGAAAGUAUUGGAUCCCAAAACCUGGUGAAGCAAAUGCGAGAACGCCGUUGCUUGGGAACAACGUUGGAUCUCCUGGAACCCAGUCCCCUACACAAUCCCAUGAUGGCGAUUCUGACUAUAUGGGGUGGGGAGAUGGUGUAGUGGAGCAGCAAGGCCUUGAUCCUGAAGAAGAAGGUCUUUACGAAAGAGCUAGACAACUUGAAUUCGGAGAUUGGAACUAUCAUGUAAUCACCGCUCACGAACCGUCAAGAGAGAGAUGGCUUAGUGGGCAGCCCGAACUUUUGACUACUUCGGUAAACCGCAAUCUUCUUCAGCCUACUGACGACAACCGUAUCCGAAGGGCUAGUAAUAUUAGAGAAACAGUUGAGGAUGUCACCAAACGAAAUAAGAAAAAGUCUGUAAGAAAUAGUCGUAUCAGGGAUUCCAGAGGCAAGAACAAGGAAAAUUCCCCGCUCAAUGAAGAAGGAAGAGCACCAAUGCUCAAAGGCAUGUUGCGACAACACUCAUCUACCUCCAGCUCAGCCAAAUCAAAUAGAAGCCAGUUAGUCGAUGUCAUCGUCGAAGAUACUGCUGCGGAGGAAACGGAAAGAGUUCGCGCUCGAAAAGAAGGAAGUGCGGGUUGGAAUAAAACCGAGCCUCGACGCUAUGUACGCACAUACGGAGACGGCGCGGGCGAGGAUAUGCGGGAAGGAUUCGAGCCCACUGAUGACGUAGAAGCUGUUGAUCCCAAACCAGGCCUUGAUGCCGAGUUUGCAGUCGAUGGUGAUAAUAAUCAUGAUAGUGCUCGGGAUGAUUCAGAAGAAUCGCGUCAUUGGAACGAAGCUCGACAGGCGAGCGUAUUUUUGAAGCCCAAGUACGGAGUUGAUGGAGAGGCUUUUGAGAAUGUUUGGGGUAGUGGGGCGCCAUCAACACCUCCUCGGGAAAAUCCUUGA